AUGGAGGCGUCAUCAAGUUCAGCGUCAGAACCGUUGCUGGUUCCCAGCUUCGCCGCCUUGAUCCUGGCUCAUCUUCUUGGGGUUCCCGCCGCUCUCGGGAUUGGGAAGCGCCUUUCUCGCCGUGGGACCCUCAAAUACCACCGGCCCGAUAGUUAUUACUCGGACGAGGAUGGCGAGGCAAGCGACGAGUCGUCCCGGUGUUUCUCGAGCAAGUGGCAGAGUGUGACGCUUGUCAUUUCGUCCGUUAUCGGACUGGUUGCCUCUCUCGCUCUGCUGCUGUCUUCCUCACGAGCAAAUGGCCAUCAGAUGGCGUCCUUGGCCGCGCAAAGUGGCAUCUGGACUUCCGUUGCCCUUCAAGCCGCGGCUUUAUAUAUCGAACGUUGGCCGACGGAGCGUUUCAGGCUGAGCAACUACGUCCUUUGGACCGCCGUGUUGACGUUGUUUUCCCCAGCGUUGAGCAUCGUCAGCCUUGUCGUCCUCGGCGAUGCGGCAACACGAGGGAGGAGUAUGACGCUGCAGGUGCCAGUGGCCGCACAAGUGGCCGCAGCGUUGAUUUGUAUCGUCUGCAGCUCGCUGAUUCCGAGACGUCCGGACGUGUUUCACAACGGGAGGCGCGUGGACAGACAAGCCACCACCUCCGCCUUUGGUAACCUCAGCUUCGGAUGGGCAGCCGAUCUUUUGGGGCAAGUCGCACGGAAUCCCGACUUGGGGCUCCAAGACCUCCCCGAAGUUUCGCAUGCUGCGCGGUCCGACGUGCUCCUCGCUCGCCUCGAGCAACAGCGGGCCAAGGGACGAGCGACUCUCUGGCGACUCCUCCUGGCAACGCACCGGGGCCCCCUCCUCCGUCAGACGAUUCUCGGGGUUGCGUCUGCGCUUGUAAGCUUUGGACCGCAGGUUGCCCUAUUUGGCCUUCUGAGGGGGUUGGAAGGCGGAGAUGGGGGUGCCCGGACGGGUCCAGGCAGUGGUCUGCUAUCACCGUGGCUUUGGGUUCUCGCAUUGGCAGUCGCCAUGGUUCUAGACUCAGUACUUGGUGCCAGGCUUUCAUGGAUGGCCCAAUCCGAGGCGGGCAUACCUGUCCAAGCCGAGCUCGUCGGCAUGAUCUUUGCAAAGUCCAUGAGGCUGAGAGACUCGGCCCAGUCGUCGCAGCCGCAGAGCAAUGUGGACGAAGGCAAGGGACAACGGGGCACCGGGCAGCGCAGCGUGGUCAACUUGGCCGCCGUUGAUGCGCGACGUAUAGCCGAGUUCGCCUCGUCGCAAUAUAUGGUCCCCGAUUCCCUUACCCGGCUGCUGGUUGCGUGUGGCCUCCUGUUUCGCCUCCUUGGCCUGAAGAGCCUGUUGGCAGGUUUGGGGGUUACCAUUCUCGUCGCUCCUUUAAACAGUUUUCUCACAAGAGGAUUGGGCCGAAUUCAGGGCAAUGUCAUGACUGCGACAGAUCGUCGGACCUCCGCCUUGGCCGAGUGCCUCCAAGGGAUUCGCCAGGUGAAGUUCUCAGCGCUCGAAAGCCAGUGGGAGUCACGGAUUCUCGCUCAGCGAGAGGGGGAGCUUGCGUCGCUUUCGACCGCCGUGAAGUAUCGCGUGGCCCUCAUCUCGGUGUGGGUGUUCUCCCCCAUCAUCGUGUCCGCCGUCUCGCUCACCGUGUACUCUUUGAUACACGGGGACUUGACGGCCGCGGUUGCCUUUACAGCCAUGUCCAUUUUUGCCAACCUCGGCACUGCCUUGUUCAGUAUGCCGGAUCUCUUGGCCAAGGCAACCGGUGCGGCAGUUGGCGUCCGUCGCAUCCAGACCUUCUUGAAGUCUCCCGAAAAGAAGAACACGGCCACCGCAGGUGUCGUGCAUCCCAUUUGCCUCCGAGAUGCUACCAUUUCGUGGCCAACCUCGGAUGAUGCAAAGCCUCGUUUAGAUCGGUUCCUUCUCAGGCGCGUCAACCUGACCUUCCCGCCACGGGGCCUGACUCUGAUCGCAGGCAGGACUGGUAGCGGGAAGACGCUCCUCUUGACGUCGGUCCUUGGCGAUUGCAACAUCGUGUCCGGUACCGUGAGCGUCCCCUCGCCGCCAACGGCAGCGGACCGACACGACGAGCUCGCCAGCCCCGCAGACUGGCUUCUCGACACGGCACAGGCCUAUGUCUCGCAGAACCCUUGGAUCGAGAACGGUACGGUGAAGACAAACAUCCUCAUGGGCCUCCCACACUUCGAAUCACGUUAUCGCCAGGUCCUAUUCGCGACCAGUCUCGAAAAGGAUCUGAACAUGUUCCCUGACGGCGACCUCACCGACAUCGGGGCCAACGGGGUGAACCUCAGCGGCGGCCAGAAGUGGCGGAUAGCGUUUGCCCGCGCCUUAUAUUCCCGUGCUGGGACGCUCGUAAUCGACGACAUCUUUAGCGCCCUGGACGCACACACCAGCCGCCACGUCUUCGAGCAUGGACUCGUGGGGGAGAUUGCAAACGGGCGGACCAGAAUUCUGGCAACCCAUCACAUCGGCCUUUGUCUUGGGCACGCCGAUUAUUGCGUGGUACUCGAGCAGGGACAUGUCCAACACGCGGGUAGCGCCGAGACACUUGUCAAGGCGGACCUGUGUUCCCAUCUUGGCUUGUCGCGCGAUGACAAGGGCCGAGAUCAGAAGUCGCGCUAUCGACGUGACGGACCUAGUGACGCCACAGGCCAUAGGAGAAGCGCCACGACUUCCACCAAGUUUGUCCAGGAUGAAGGACGAGCAACGGGAUCCAUGUCCUGGGCGCUGUAUGGAAACUAUAUUGGGAGAAGCAGGAGAGCCUUCCUAUGGGCUCUUGUCCUCCUCGCCUCUGUUGCAUAUACCUUUUUCGUCAUUGCCCGUUCCUUGUGGAUGGCUUUGUGGACGGGAUCGAAUGCCGCCAACCGACAGCCCGAGCACCAUGCGUCAUUUGUUUCAAGUCAACGCCCCCCUUCUCCUCCUCCCUCGGACCUGACUAACUCCAAUUCCUCGACCCAUCAGUUGGAUAAGCAUAUCUCCUGGUACAUCAGCAUCUACGUGGGAAUAUCGAUUGCUACUUGUAUCAUGGGCACAGUUCGGGUCAUGCUCCUCUACUACGCCGCUCUUAGCUCGUCCAAAGGCUUGUUCGAGGACCUACUCUACACGGUCCUCCGGGCGCCGAUGAGGUGGUUCGACAGGGUCCCACAAGGCCGAAUCAUGAAUCGGUUUGUUGCAGACAUGUCGCUCCUCGAUAGCAGGCUCGGCCUCGAUCUUCUGGUCAGUGUAGGAAGGUCCCUGGAGAUGGUGGGAGUCGCAGUCACGGCGGUGGUCGUCUGCCCGGUGCUGGUGCCUCCGGCCAUUGCUUUCCUGGCAAUCUGCGCCUAUCUAGGAUCCGUCUACCUCGCGGGAGCUCGCGAGAUAAAGCGGCUGGAAAGCGUCGCGAGCAGCCCCAUUCUUGAACAGUUCGGGUCCUGCACCAGGGGCCUGGCGACCAUCCGGGCCUUCGGCUUGGUCGAGAAGUACGUCCGACUGAUGCACGCAAAGGUAGACGACCGUUCUAGGGCAUCUUGGAACCUCUGGCUAUUGAACAGCUGGAUGACGCUUCGCCUGACCCUUCUUGUCGCCCUCUUCUCAACCGUGACGGCGAGCGUCGUCGUCGUGCGCAUGGAGAGCAUCCCGGCCUCGGCAGCGGGCUUGAUCUUGACCCUCGUCUUCCGCUAUAACUCCCUGAUGGUAACCGCUAUCAAGCAGUGUGCAAACUUGGAGAUGGAUAUGAACGCGGCCGAGCGCGUUGUCGAGUAUGCCGGCGUGGCGACCGAGACCCAAGGGGGAAAAGAGGCCCCGGCAGCGUGGCCAACCGAGGGCCGCCUGGAGGUGGAGGACUUGGUCGUCGGUUAUGCUCCGGAACUCGCCCCUUCGCUGAACGGACUGUCCUUCACUAUCCUCCCCAACCAACGAGUCGGCAUCGUGGGGCGCACCGGGGCCGGCAAGUCGACGUUGGCGUUGGCCCUAUUCCGCGUCCUCGAGGCACGCAGCGGAUGUGUCCGCGUCGACGGCGUCGACAUCUCCACAAUCAGACUGCACAACCUGCGCAGCAAGCUUGCCGUAAUCCCACAGGACCCCGUCCUGUUUUCAGGUAGCUUGCGGGCCAACUUGGACACGUUCGGCGAACAUGACGACGUGCGGUUAUACGAAGCGCUAGAACAGGUAUCCCUGGUACGGCCAACGGAGGAACAGGAAGAGAAGGGUGUGUUUCCGGCCCUAUCUACUCCCGUAUCAGCGGGUGGCCAUAACCUUUCCCAGGGCCAGCGGCAGCUCAUCUGCCUGGCCCGAGCCGCACUAUCGCGGUCUAAGAUCCUGGUACUGGACGAGGCGACAUCAGCCAUCGACAUGGAGACAGAUGCCUUGAUCCAAAAAUCGUUACGGUCCCAAUUUGGCGGCAACUCGACAACCAUGUUGGUUGUUGCCCAUCGUCUCAGCACCGUCGCCGAUUUUGACUCCAUCAUCGUGAUGGACGCAGGGAAAGUGGUCGAGUUUGGCAGUCCACGGACACUGAUGGGAAUUUGUGGCGGCAGUUUUAGGAGUCUGGUUGAGAACAGCGGUGAAAAGGAACGGUUGCAGCAAUUGAUUUUCGAAUCUCGCCCAGAGGGGCUGGGACUGAAGUGA